AUGUUAAUAUGGCAGCCUCAGGCGAUCAACGGAGAUCCCCCAGACGCGUUCAAAGCCAACGAAAUCAAGGGAUGGGGCCAGCUCCGGAGCCCGGAGCUUGGGCCACCUCCGGAACCGCGGUUUCCCGUCCUGACGCGUGACGCGAGUCGAUCAUCCGAAACGCACACCAAAGCAGACUCGCGCUGUCUUGGCACUGUUACGAAGUUAAUUGAGACAAUGGAAGAGACCAUGUUCUUUCAAUGA